CUCAUCAACCGCACCGCAGUGAGACAUUUUACCUUUUGUUGUAGCCUUUUCCACAACAGCGAACAAGUGCACUUUCCGCGGAAACAUGCGUGUUUGACACUUUUAAUAACUUUUUUAUAUCUUCAUUUGGACCCUUUUACCUUGAGAGAAACAUGCCGGAGCGUAUCAGCAUUUCGGAGUUUGUUGCUCUGACAAACGAGGACUUAGCUUCACCGGCUACCUCGAGUUUUCAGUCCAAAAUGAGUGAUUGUCGGAACACCGUUUCCGCAGUCGAAGAGUCCUUAGAGGUGGACCAGAGCACCUUACAGAGGAUGAAGAAGAUGGUCAAGGCCAUCCACAGCUCUGGACUAAGUCACACGGAGAACAAGGAGCAGUACAUUGAGGUGCUGGAGAACCUGGGGAACAGUCACCUGACCCAGGACAACAACGAGGUGUCCACAGGGUUCCUCAACAUGGCCGUCUUCACCAGGGAGGUCACCGCACUCUUCAAGAACCUGGUCCAGAAUCUGAACAACAUAAUCUCCUUCCCCUUGGAGAACGUCCUGAAGAGUGAGCUUAGAGACAGCAGACUGGAGCUGAAGAAACAGUUGGAGAAGAGCUGGAAGGACUAUGACAUCAAAGUUGGGAAGCUGGAGAAGGAGAGGCGCGAGAAGAGGCGUCAGCCGGGCCUGAUCAGGAUGGAGGGAUACGACGUGACGGAGGACAUGGAGCGAGAGAGGAGGACCUUCCAGCUGCAGAUGUGUGAGUACCUCCUGAAGAUCCAGGAGCUGAGGGUACGUCAGGGUCCGGACCUGCUCCAGAGUCUUAUCAAGUACUUCCAGGCCCAGCUCAAUUUUUUCCAGGACGGCUUGAAAGCUGCCGAAAACCUUAGUCCCUUUGUGGAGAAGCUGGCUACGUCGGUGCACAUGGUGCGUCAGGACCAGGAUGAAGAGGUGAGACAGCUCUCUCAGCUACGAGACUCCCUGAGACUGCUGCUACAGGUGGAGGGGAAAGAGGAAUACCUGACCGGAAAGAACUCUGGUAACGGCUACAGCAUCCACCAGCCUCAAGGCAACAAGAAGUAUGGUACGGAAAAGUCAGGCUUCCUACAGAAGAGGAGUGACGGGAUUAGGAAGGUGUGGCAGAAGAGGAAGUGUGGUGUCAAGUACGGCUGUCUGACCAUCUCCCACAGCACGAUAAACCGACCACCGGCAAAGCUCAACCUCCUGACCUGUCAGGUGCGCCCCAACCCCGAUGAGAGGAGGACCUUUGACCUGGUCACACAUAAUCGGACGUACCAUUUCCAAGCCGAGGACGAGCAGGAAUGCGUUAUUUGGGUGUCGGUGCUGCAGAACAGUAAGGAGGAAGCCCUGAACACGGUGUUGGGAGGGGACCAGCCGCAGUUCCAAGACUCCGGGCUGCAGGAGCUGGCCAGGGCUGUCAUCACCGAGCUCAGACACAUGCCCGGCAACGAGUCCUGCGCCGACUGUGGAGCCCACGAUCCCACGUGGCUCUCCACUAACCUGGGCAUCCUGACGUGUAUAGAGUGUUCUGGGAUCCACAGGGAACUGGGAGUCCACUACUCCAGGAUCCAGUCCCUCACACUGGACAUGCUUAGCACCUCCGAACUGCUACUGGCAGUCAGUAUAGGCAACACCCGCUUCAAUGAUAUCAUGGAGGCCAAUCUUCCCAAUGAUUCCAUCAAACCCCUCCCCCAGAGUGACAUGAACGCCAGGAAGGAGUACAUCGUGGCCAAGUACGCGGAGCGGCGCUACGUGUUGCGCAGGGACCGGGACGGGGAGGACGGUGAGCCGUGGCGUGUGUACGAUGCCGUGAGGAGCCGGGACCUGACCGCCCUGCUGCAGCUGUACGCCCAGGGAGAGGACCUGGCCAAGCCGCUAGCACUGCCUGAGGGGGGACAGCAUCUGAGAGAGACAGCUCUUCACUUGGCUGUGAGACUGGAGGAGAGGAGCUCUCUAUCCCUGGUGGACUUCCUCAUACAGAACAGUGUCUGUCUGGAGAAGAGGACUCUAGAGGGGAACACCGCUCUACACUACAGUGCCCAGCACCACAAAACAGAGUGCCUCAAACUGCUGCUCAAAGGAAAGGCUGUCCUCCACACAGUGAACUCAUCAGGAGAGACAGCUCUGGACAUCGCCAGGAGACUGCAGCACUCCCAGUGUGUGGAACUGCUGGAGCUGGCCCAGAGUGGGAAGUUCAACACUCAGAUCCAUGUGGAGUACAUGUGGGAGACACAGAGCCAGGACCUGUACGACAGCGAAGAUGACUUGGAUGAGAGGGUACACGCACGCACGCACGCGCAUACCGAAUACGACCUGGAGGAGAGGGUGAACCCCUUACCCAGGAACCUGCACUCCCCUCUGCCCUCCAACGGGGGUGUGGUGGGCACCUCGCCCUCCCGCUGGAGCUUCGCCAACGCCCCCGUGGCGUGUAAGACCUAUGAAAACGUGGACUUCCUAUACCGUAACCCCCCCGCCAAUAGCGCGCCAUCUGGCGUCCUCAUGCCCCCACCCCCGCUGCCCGCUAAAGCCAUCAUGAGAGGUCGCUCGGACCCCCAGAUCUCCUUGUCCACUCAGGAGGGGGUCAGCAAAACCCCCCAGCGCUGCUGCUCCAACCCUGCCCCCCAGUCCAGCCCCAGACACAGCCCCCCCUCCCCCAUGCUGGAGGGUCAUGGGGCCCAGGGCCAGAGUCAGGGGGGGCGCCCACCCAGAUCACCCCAUGGCCAGGGGGGCCUGGUGAGGGGACAGAGACAGACCGCAGCCUGGGAGGGUCAGGCCAUUACUGGGUCAGGGUCAGGGUCAGGGUCCUCAGACAGAGACAGCACCAAGUCUAACAGCAGUUCCAGCUUCCCUCAGAACCACAUAGGACCUGUCAGCUCAGAGAAAACAACGUCGUACCGGCGGACCAGCAGCGGAGGACAAGGGAAGUGUUCUGCAGCUGUGACCUCACCCAGCUGUGUGGCACUGGGCAGCCAGGAGGAGCUGUCAGUCGUAACGAAUGGUCCCGCCCCCAGCGCCACACCUGAAGCCAAACCCACCUCCUCCUCACCCAUCACUGUGCGCCCUCGCAGAAACGCUAUGGUGUCACAGAGGAGGCCUACCCAGAAGAGGGUCAAGGCGCUGGUGGACUGCAGAGCCGUCAGCUCGGACCAGCUGGCCUUCUUCAAGGAUGAGGUCAUCUUAGUAACAGCCACCGAGGACCCCCACUGGUGGGUUGGCCACAUCGAGGGCUAUCCAUCCAGAAGUGGGACAUUCCCAGUGAACUAUGUCCAUAAACUAGGGGACUGACUAGUCAUGGAAUAAUCCUACACCCUGCCCUUACUACGUCACUCACCUGGGAAACAAAAAGGCUGGAACGGACUCUCUUGAACGCAACUCAUUCAAAGAAGAAAAAAAAUAACGCUUUCUCGCUUUCCUGGUCAUUUCUUGUGAUAUGAUAUUUUGACCUAUGAACCACUUUGAUGUGUUGUGAUCUGAGGACUAGAGACUCAUGCCCAUAAACUGUAAUUGUAUAUACAGACCAGUGCACUUAAGGAAGUCUCCAUAAAGAAAGAAGGGAUGAAACCACAGGGAGGAAUGCCACCCAUCACAACCCGACAGAAAAGAGAAGGAAAAGAGAGUGAGAAGAGAGUGAGAAGAGAAGGAGAAGAGAGGGAGAAGAGAGGGAGAAGGCCUCCCUCUGCUUUUUGACCGCCCCAGUUGUAAAGCAUACAUGUAUUAAAGGGAUGUUUUUACCACACUUUGCUGCCCAGGAUAUUAAAGGGAUGUUUUUAACCACACUUUGCUGCCCAGGAUAUUAAAGGGAUGUUUUUACCACACUUUGCUGCCCAGGGAAAAUUGUAAGAGCAACAGCCCUAGCCACAUAACUGCUGGAAUACCUGUGAUACAGACGGCAAUACUGGAGGAGCCAGAAUGUGCGUGCCUGCCUGUCUGCGUGAGAGCAUAACCGUUGGAUUACCUGGCAAUGGCAUACAUACAACACUGGAGUCUGGAGGAGUGAGAACGUCUGCUGCGUGAGCCCUAUGAAAGAGGAUGAAUAGCCUACAUUGUCCACUGCCUUCCUGGAAGCUAAGGAGACUAGGAGAUUCAUGCCAUGUCAGUCACGGUCGUCGGGACUCGGAGCCAGAUGCGAUGAAUACCUGCUCAGUGACCGGUGGCGAUGAUGUCUGGGGCUGGAAUGGCCUGGAACUGAAAGUGCAUUUGUGGCUGCCAGCCUGUCUCCUGGGGCUCCAGGGCUCUCAGGCUGCCGCUCUGAAAUGGACCCCAGUGUCUAAGCUGGUUUUGGGCCAGACUCCAGCUCUGACUGGGGGCCUGGCUGGAGCCUGGGUGAUUUGGUUUCCUCUGUCUCCAGAGGAGUCUUGUCUUCCUACAGUCGGCAGGGGAAAGGAAGAGACGGUCACCGCAGUGAAAUACACAACGCUGGGUUGUAUUCAGGAGGCACCAAACGGACUGAAACAGGAAAAGACUACCUGAACUUGUCCAAUAAGAAAUGCUAAUUUUUCGUUUUAGUUUGCCCUAAUGAACUCGACCCAAGCCUAGUGCUGUUUUCCAUACAGUAGCUCUCAGGUUCUGGGUGUAUACUCUGCCUCAUACGAAGGCAUGGACAGUUGGACACUCCCAUAUUGUAAAGAAUAGGCUGAAGAGAAUUGUAAAUAGAUAUUAUUACGCCCAUGGAGUGUGAUGGAAUGAUACCAUAUCCCUAACCAUAAGCUAGUAUUGACACAUUAGCUAUUUUCCUAGUCUCUUGAGCACCAUAACUCAACGCUACAGUUUUAUUACAUUUUACUUAUGUACAUUUACUCAUGCAUACUCACAUCUGACCGCUCCCAUUCAUAUCAAUAAAAUGUUUUCGUGUUCUGAA